AUGUCCCUCCCCGAAAUUUCCAUUCCCGAGGCGCGCGGUAUCGAGGUCGACACGACUGGCGCGCAGAUCGUGCAGGAAGAGUCGCCCGCGACGCGUGAUUCGCGGGGCAUCUACCUCCCUCACUACAUCGAGCCUGUCUCACACAUUGCCAUUGACAUCGGCGGCUCCCUGGCCAAGGUCGUGUACUUUACGCGCUCGUCUCGGCCUGUACCCACCACCCCGCCCGCGUCGGACCCUUCCUCCCCCUUCCUUGCGCCUGCGCAGACUGUCUCGUCACCAACAGGCCAGCCGUCGUCCCUGCCCUCUCCCGAGUCGAGCAUGCUCCUCGACGGCGUGUCUGCCGCGUGUGCGACGCCCGAGCGUACUCGACCACUCGUCAACGGCGCGCUGCAGCCAGGUAUCCUCACCGAGGAGCGGGGAUCCCCACCACGCUCGCGCCGGGGCGGCAAGCUCGGCGCACACCCGCGUUUCCGCCGUGCGUCGUUGCCCGACCCCUUGCCUGGAGGUCUGGUCAACUUUGCGCGCUUUGAGACGGAACGGAUCGACGAGCUCAUUGAGUUCCUGAAUGAGCUCAUUACAGAGUCGGCAAAGGCCAACCGCGUCAGCCUCGAGCGCAUGAAGUCCAUGGUCAAGGUCAUGGCUACCGGCGGCGGCGCGCACCGGUUCUACGACCAGCUCACCUCCGAGCUGGGCGUCGAGGUGCGCCGCGAGGAGGAGAUGCACUGUCUCAUCCUCGGCCUGGGCUUUGUCGCGCGCGUCCCCGAGGAGGUGUUUUGGUUCUCCGAGGAGCUCGUGUACAAGGUGUCCCACCCGGGCCAGCCGGCCCCAGCACGACCCCUCACUAUCCCUGCCUCUGAGCUGCCCCGUCCAUCGCCCACUCCGCCAGCGUACCAGGUCACGUUUGCGCCCGAGGGCGACGAGACACCAGUGUUCCCCUGCCUGGUGGUCAACAUUGGCUCUGGUGUGUCCAUUGUCAAGGUCGAUGAGGACGGCACCUUCGAGCGUGUGUCGGGAACGUCGCUCGGCGGCGGUACACUCUGGGGUCUGCUGUCGCUGCUCACCGACGCAUCGACGUUUGACGAAAUGCUCCUCCUCUCCGAACAAGGCGACAACAGCGCCGUCGACAUGCUCGUGGGCGACAUUUACGGGUCCGACUAUAACAAGAUUGGACUCAAGUCGUCCACCAUUGCGUCCUCGUUUGGCAAAGUGUUCAAGCACGGCGAGGGCGGGCGACGAAAGGCGUUCAAGCAAGAGGACAUUGCCCGGUCCCUCUUGUACGCCAUUUCCAACAACAUUGGCCACAUUGCGUACAUGAACGCGGCAAAGUACGGUCUCGACCGCGUCUUCUUCUCGGGCUGCUUCAUCCGCGGCCACGCAGCCACCAUCUCGACGCUGUCGUACGCCAUCCGUUUCUGGUCAAAGGGCACGAUGCGCGCGUGCUUUUUGCGGCACGAGGGCUUCCUCGGCGCCAUGGGCGCGUGGAUCAAGAACGUCGAGCCAAUACACGGCGGCGCCAACGGCGUCAACGGGGUGCACGGCGUCAACGGAUCGACAACACCAACAGGGCCACCACCAGCAGCACCAGCACCAGCAGUAAUCAACAGUGUAAACGGGGGCAGCGGGGAGCGGACACCAGUGGCGGGCACGGACGACUCGCCAGACGUCAGCAAGUUGAGCAUUUCAUGA